AUGUUAUUUCAAACUUUGAACUUAAUUGUUCUCAUAAUACUUAUUAAAGUUAGUCUUUCACAUCAAUUUGACAAAGGUAAGGAAAUUAUCAAAUGUUUUCCAUGCAGGAUACCGUCACUCGGGCACUUGGAAUGUUGCUCGACCUUCGGAAAGCGUAAAAAAACACUCGAUUUUUAAGCUUUCCAAAAGUCUCGCAACAUUCCGUGUGCAUGAAUGACGCUGUCCUGCAUGGAAAACAUUUGAUAUUCUUUUAAUCCAAUAAUGUACGAUGUAUCACAUUCUUCUUUCCAUUAAAUUCCUAGGGGAAAAUCUUGCUCUGGGCAAGCCAACUUUACAGUCAAGUGUGGUGGAAGAAGGCAUCUCAUCCAAUGCAGUUGAUGGCAAUCGACAUCCAGAUUAUUCCGAGAAAUCUUGCAUCCAGACAGAUAACCAAAUUGAAUCUUGGUGGAGGGUUGAUCUACAGGAUGAUUUUUACGUCACUUCUGUUGUAAUAACUAACAGACGGGAUUGUUGCAGCGAAAGAUUGUAUAAUUUUGAAAUUAAGGUGAGCGGAUGGUGUUCUCAGAUCCAGGCUUUAGUAUUAUUGUGAAUAAGUUGUCUUUUUCCCUAGGUAGGGGACAAUAAUAUCGGAGGUGGUGUGAUCAACGCAAGAUGCUCGCCGAUAUUUCAACGACUCCUCGGCCGGGGAGAGACUCUUGAGAUUGUUUGUGAAGAACCACUCAGAGGGCGCUAUGUCAGUGUUAUAAUUCCUACUAACUAUGGUAUACUAAAUUUCUGUGAAGUAGAAGUUUAUGGAAAGAAGGGUAAGAUUAAUUGGGAAUCGAUGGUACAGCAUAGUAUUAUAGGUAUAGUGUAAUUGGUAUGGUAUGGUAUGGUAUGGUAUGAUAUGGUAUGGUAUGGUAUGGUAUGAUAUAUGAUAUGAUAUGGUAUGGUACGGUACGGUACGGUACGGUACGGUAUGGUAUGGUAUGGUAUGGUAUGGUAUGGUAUGGUAUGGUAUGGUACGGUAUGGUACGGUAUGGUAUGGUACGGUAUGGUAUAAUUGGUAAGGUAUACGGUAAAAAUAUUUCCGAUUCAGUGGAGGAUGGGAUUUUCCAUUCCAGUCGGACUUUCACCAAAUUGAAAUGAAAGUACUAGUAUUUUUUACCUAUUAUACACCUUGAUAUGGUCCUACCUCAAUAAUAUUGAAGAUCAACUAUUGAAUUUUUUGUUUCUGGCAUUAUGCAGUACACACAGGUGAAGAUAUAUGUUUAAUGUUUAUGAUGUUCAUGUCUCUGAGACAACAUCCCAAACUUGUAUACCAAAUAUGCUACACUAUAAUUCUUACUAGACUAAAACGUGUGCCUAAAUAAGUAUCUAACUAAAUAUAUUUCAGCAUCAUCUGUGUUGCGUCUCGAGAUGAUCUCCAACGGUGUCGCUGAAGCUGGACCUAGUCUGAACAUUUAUUCAAGGUUACAUGUCAACGACGAGAUAAUAACUUUCAAAAACCCAGGGAUAUAUUUCACAUUAUAUGACAUAAAAACAGGCAAGUUUCUUCUGAAAUCUGAUCUUCCAUUUAGUUAGGAACAACUUUGGAAUCCGGCUUUCAUAAAGAACACACAAUUUGUCAUAAUGGACCUCCAUCACAUAUUGAGUAAAUUUCAAUUUGAUGUUAGUACUAUAUAAAUACCACGUAUAUGUAACUUCCUGAAAUGAAAAGAGCGGGCCAAUUUAGUAAGUACAAAAAAUUAAGUACAAAAUUUUAAAAACAGUACCGGUACAUAAAUGUUAAUGUCAAAUUCUAAAUCUACUCUGAAAAAAGCGUAAUAAUUGACAUAAAGAUCUAUUAUGUACAUAGAGAUAUCUAUGAUUAUGUAUCGUCUGCGCGAAUUUAAACAAGUAAUGUAGUUUGAAGAAAUAUGUUUGUUUUUUUUAGGCAAGUUUAAAUAUGACGUAUAUAUGAGGACGUGGACAGUAAGAAGUUCUGAAACUGAAAUGGUAAACCUUACUACUAAUGUGAGUCCUGAUACUGUAGUCUGUAUGGUGCUGUAUUAUAGCGGAGAAAGGUACUACAAAGCGGCCGUACCAUAUUUGGAAAAACUGGUAGGCCAACCAAUCAAAGCAGACCUCCAGUAUGGGGAAUCGUGGGCCUUGCUGGGUUACAAGGGGACUCAAAGUCCAAUUCCACACUGGCGGGAAAGUGUGCGCAGAAAAAUUGGCCAAGGGCCGUCCAAAAUUUCUAAGCUUAUAACAUUGAAAAAAGGUUAGUUGGACAAACGAAGGUUAUAUAGACCAAACUGAAACUAAGCUAAACAUUUACAGCCUUAAUUUAGACAGGUUAGAUCUGUCUAGUUAUUAAAUGUUCUCCCGUACCAUCAUAUCAUUAUCAUCAACAUCCAUAUCAUCACCAUAUCAUCAUCAUCAUCAUUAUCACAUCAUAAUCAUCAUUAUGAUCAUCAUCAUAUUAUUACCAUUAUCAUAUCAUCAUCACCAUCAGAUCAUCAUCAUAAUUAUCAUAAUUAUCAUCAUCAUUAUCAUCAUUAUCAUCAUUAUCAUCAUUAUCAUCAUCAUUAUCAUUAUCAUCAUAAUUAUCAUCAUUAUCAUCAUCAUUAUCAUCAUUAUCAUCAUUAAUGCUUCGUUUUUUACAUUAUAGCUCCAAGUGGUCCACCAAGCAACGUGAAGGUUGUUUACGGAGAUGGUACUUCAAUCAAGCUGACAUGGUCAAGACCAAACGAUUACCUAACCGACUAUGACUACCCGUUCAACUACAGCUUAUGCAUCAGCCACCGGUUUACUAAGACUUGUGACUUAGCAACGGAUAAUGGAUUGCGGUACAGCUUUAGAGGGCUUCAACCGUUGACCAAUUAUUCCAUCACAAUUCGUGCCCAGUCUGCGAAUAUGUCUGGUGAGGCAUUCAACCUCACAGCCUCCACCACUAAGACGGGUAAGAUUCUUAAGACUUGUUCACAGUUGCAAUUCUUGCUGCGAUUUUAGAUGCGGUUUGAGUAUUUGACAAGUUGUCAACGACUUGUUGAUAACUUGUUGCUACAAAAUUGUUGAGCUCAGCAGACUUGUUACAAGUUGUUCCAGCAACUUGUUAUAUAUCGUCCUGCAAAUCAACAAUUUGUCAACAUGUUGUGAGUGACGACCUUGUAGCAACUUGAUGAAAAUCAUGAAAUAACAGCAUUGUUACAACAUGUUGACACGCUUGCUGCAAGCUUGUUGCGAACACACUUGUUGACAAAUUGUGAGAUUUUUACGUGUAUAGCAGAGUGAUUUUGUUUUCCGCUUAAACAGCUGGCUAAGGAGUACACGUCUACACGACGUUUAUUUAAUUUCAGAUGCUUCUCGGAUCAAUGUAAAACUAGUAUCAAGACUAAAAGAAGAUGUGUUGUAUCGUGUGUAUGGUCGGCCUUACUCCACCAUCACUGUGGCUGGUGUAGUUUACACUUUUAAUCGAUAUGGACAUAAUUUUCUCAUACUUGAUGCAAGAACAGGUUUGACCAGUGGUUCAUAUAUACUUGUCAAAAUAUUCUUUUGAAUUAAUUCAUUCUUGGCCACUUGACGACAUGGCGGCAUGUUGGAGGAACGCUAACAACGCUCCAACGUAGCCUCCUCCGCAGGCAUCUCGUGGUUCACUAACUGCACAAAGCAAAUUUUGCCCGCUAAUCUAAAGGCGAUGCCUGCGGAGGAGGCUAGCUCCAGUAGAGCAUCAACCUCGUAUCCAUAGCAUGCCCGUUCGCAGGUUAAGGGUGGGUAUAGAACGAAUAUGCUCUGGAUACGAGGUUGAUUACUAAACCAAAGGUCGCAGGUUCUAUUUCUAUUUCUCAAAUAAUUUUACCUAAGUACACACAGACUAAUCAUUGCAAUCUUUCCGAGUGUCUGUUGAAUCAGGCAUUCGGCCAAUAAGUAAGCACUGAUACAUCAUUAUAAACCACUAAGGGCCUUGGGUUCGAUUCUCAGGGGCUGUUCAUAUGAGCCGAGCCAGCCUAGCCGGGAUAAAUCGUGUCACGAGUUUUUUCCUGGCAAUAAAAGAUCGUUGAACUGAAAUGUCAUUUUGGAUUUUAUCAAAACCGUUAUAAGAGCUUUAUUGAACAAAUCAUUCUAGACCAGCUCAGCUGCAAUGAAUAAUCCCUCGGCCGGUUGGGUCACUCGAAACAGAAUUCAUUUUUAUUUCCUAGCAAGUGAUUUGGCACUAUCAAGCACCCCAUGGACAAGUUUAAUUGUUUCCAUUUCUCUCAGGAAAUGUAAUUCGACAAGAUUCGUUCAACACGUUCCAUGACCGAUUAAAUAGUGGAUCCAAGAUGACGGCGUUCCUUACGUCUUUACCAAACAAAGUUAUCAUUUUAAUGGUUGUAUAUCACCGUGGACACCCGUACUACGACGAUGCCGCUGCCUCAUUGAUCGCCAUCUGCCCUCAUGCGCCUUCUGUGCUCAAUGAAGAUGAAUCGAAUGCACUGAUAUGUCUGAAAGGCAUGGGAUUUGCAUCAUGGAUGAAAUCCAAAAUUUCGACAUACGCCCUUGGGCCAGCUGUGCUCGAAACUGACAUCUUAUUGCCUGAAGGUAAAGGAACUCAUUGGCCCACAACGAAUACACGUUUAGAAACCUCGUUCCAGGCUUUUUUGAAGUUUUUUCGCUGGAAUACUAUAUAGACUGAGCUAAUACGUUUGAGGUAUUCCGUUUAGGUAGUUCAGAUAAAAUCCGUGGCAGCUUAUUGUACACACGUAAAAACGCACAAGUUGCAACAAACCUGCAGCAGACUAAUUGUAGCAAUGCUGUUCCAACAACUUGUCAUCAAGAUGUGUUCGCACUGCUUGUUCCCAGCUUGUUUUCAAGUUGUCAACGGCUUGUUGACAACUUGGUACAAUAGGUUGUUGAUUCGACAGACUUGAUAACAAGUGGUGAGUGACAACUUUGUAUCAACGACUUGAUAAAAUAACAGCGUUGUUACAACUUGUUGACAAGCUUGCUACAGGCCUGUUGCGAACACAUUUUGUUGACAAGUUGUAAAAUUUUUACGUGUGUAGAAUACUACUACCUACACUGGACCACCACGUUUGAGAUAUCUUUUCAGGUAGUUUAGACACAAACCACGGCAGCUUCUUGUAGAUUGCUAUCCGCCACACUAGGCCCCCACGUUUGAGAUAUCAUUUAAGGUAGAAGCUCGUUGUAGCUUAUUGUAGAAUACUGCCUACACUGGAUUCCUACAUUUCAACUAUCAUCUACUCUAAAAAAUAUGUUUAAUUUUCAACUUUUCAUUUUUACAGAUUUAUUUACAUAUCCAAACAUAACUAAAAUAUCCCCAAGUACUACGAGUUUGGUGGUAGAAUGGCUUGUUCCGAAAACCGAUAAAUUUACUGGCAGUAUAUCGAAAUAUGAACUCUGCUAUUCUGGGGAAUUUAUUACCUCAGGCUGCGUCGAGAUUGGCGCGGCCAGCACACAGUGGAAUGUUACCGAGUUGCAUCCGCAUGUGGAAUACGAACUAAAGAUAAGGGCAGCGGCGUUGCUAGGUUACGGUCCGUUCUCCCCUCCGAAAUAUGCGACAACUUUAGAAUCAGGUGAGGGACGAGGACUUUUCAUUUCUUAUUUGGUGAUAGUACAUUGGUUACAUUUCACUUCUGGGAAGGGGUUUGAUUCUUUCAAUAUGGAUAAUAUAUGCAGUUGUCUGAUUAUAAUUUUGCAGUCACAUGCAUGAAUGCAAUUUGAGUCUGCCCAGUGAGCUCCAUAAUAUCUGGAAUGAGAACUCGAGUCCAACAACUGAAGUCAAAGAUGGAACUAUAUUGGACGUCAGUUUCAGUCCUUUUCUGUUGUUUUUGUCUGCGCGGUCUGUAAAUUAAAGUGCGGAAAUUUCGUAUUUUGACUUUGAUUCAAAGAAAAAAUCUAUGGUUUUAUGAACUGAUAACUUUAUUAGCGGUACGGUCCGUUAGAAAAACUGGAAUUAACUAGGGAAAAAUGGGGUUAAAACUGUUUACGCGGAUCUUCAGAGUUAUAUUGGACGUCAAUGGCCGCCGUCUUGGUUUCACUUUUCUCGUGGGGCGAAUGACUGAAGUUCUCACUCCAGAUAUAUAUAUAGAGCUCACGGAGUCUGCCGAGUACUGCAGAUUUUCUACUCUAGUUUCCUCCUGUAGUAACACUGGACAAAUUAGGAUGGAUCCAAGGCCCGGACCUUACUGGACCUUCAGUAAGUUUUUGCGCAAAUGUUCAACGGAAUCACGGUUAUGGAAUGUUCAUUAUCUGAAUAUUGUGAUCAAUCUCUGAUGUCAUAUUUGAAUUCAUUCCAGCUCCGAGUGGUCCUCCGACCAACCUUCGUAUCACCUUCGUGAACUCGACGUCAAUGAUCGCCGCGUGGUCGCCACCCGAGCUGAUACUACAAAAUGGCAUCAUUCAGAAUUACAAUGUGUGUGUUCGAACCUAUACGAUGAUUGCCCGGUGUGAGGACGUAGUUCUACCAGGCAGUCAGGAGAGAUACUUGGCUUCCGGUCUCGCACCUUACACUGUGUAUGACGUCAUUGUUAGCGCGGCCACCUCCGUGGGGUAUGGACCUAGUAUGUUGGUGAUUAGCAAAACAUUGGAAGCAGGUCAGUAACUUUUUCCCAGUAUAGUUGAGUGAUUUGGCGAGGGGGUGCCAUUUGAUCGAUUAGUUCUUUAUUAUGCCCAAAAUUCAUUGGCUUGACUAUGCACAAGUUUGCAUAAAUAUUAAACAUGGACAAAAAAUAUGGGACAAAGAUUUUGGCUGAGUUUGGUGGACAUCUAACUUACGAAAGCGUAGAAUAUAAGAAAGAACAAUUAUUAACAGAGCAUGUUAUUUAUCGUAAAUUGUGAAUAGAAUCUUUGCAUAAAUGUUCGUAUUAGUCAAAUAAUAAGAGACUGGGUGGCAUGGAAAACAGUGAGAUUUUCAAACAAUGAAAAGACAACGGAUUCUUUGAUUAAACCGCGCAAAUCACAAAACAGAAUUAGUGGUUUUAAUAGUACAGAUUCUGUACUAAAACCACUAAUUCUGUUUUGUGAUUGGCGCGGUUUAAUCAAAGAAUCCUCUCGUUGAUCCAGAGCCUUCACGACGUUUCAAUUUAUUAUUUGCUGAAGGCUCUGGAAUCCAGGGUAGGUAAAAUUAGCCUAUAUCGUAAAUUUCAAAUUUUCAAUUCUGAGGUCCAUUCUUGGCAAAGAUCUGUACAUAGUGAGAUAAAAAUCGAUGACGUCCACGCGGAUUUGCAUGAGAAUUACCUAAAUUUUUACUCUUUCCAUUUUUCAGCUCCGAGUGGUCCGCCGACCAAUCUUCGUGUAACCUUCGUGAACUCGUCGUCAAUGACCGUCACGUGGACGCCACCCAAGCAAGGACUACGAAAUGGCAUCAUUCAGAGUUACAAAAUCUGUGUUCGAAGUUUCAAAAUAACUGACCAAUGCAAAGACAGGAUUUCGACCGGUAGUCAGCAGAACUACACGGUGUCUAAUUUGGCGCCGUUUACAGUGUAUGACGUCAUCAUUAGCGCGGCAACUUCCGUAGGGUAUGGACCUAGCGUAUUUGUGACUAACAGAACGUCGGAAGCAGGUCAGUGAGAAUGUUAAGUAGACCUCCAGGUAAACCAGGAUUGCUUAAGGUUAGGAUUGUUUAGGUUUAGACGGUGAAAACAUUGACUUGGUAAAAACAUAAAUUGAUGGACAAAAAAAUACUGAUUUGACGGCAUUUUAGCACAUGCUGAAGCUAGAAUCCUGUGUGUAAAAGUGUUUUAGGAGGCAAUUAAUUUCAAUAUCGUGUAUUUGCGAUAAAAAAUGUUCAAAAUCUAAAAUUUUUUGGCGUUCCUCUCAAAAUGACAUCAACAUAAGCAAAACUUGCUGAACUUCAGACAUGAUUUUCUCUUUGGCAUACCAUCUAAAAUCUCUUCGUUUUAGCAUAAUUUUACAGAUAAGGUACUAAACAUACUUUUAAAAUUUGCUUGCCGAUUGAGAAACGUAUCCGAAAAAUUAAAAAAAACUGAAUAUAGUCAUAACCAAGUGUAAAAGUAUAUUCAGAAGUUUUGAGCGCGUGUUACGUAACAUAUAAAAGAUUCUUCUCUUUAUCUUUUAUGGGAGCCAGUAUGAUCGAUACGGACAGGCAAGGGUUAAAUCUUAAAAUUUUAUCGUCUUAGCACCCUCAAGUUCGCCUUCAUCCUUCAUGGUAUCUUCCUUGAACUCGACUCAACUCAACCUGACUUGGAACGAACCAAAACCCGAACACCACAAUGGUAUCUUGACAGAAUACCGUCUCACUCUUCUGCCCGAGCCUUGGAGCUUGACAAGCAAGCGUACUAUAACGUUGCCAAGGGAUCACGUCAACUACUUAGCAACCGAUCUCAGACCCUACGUGAAUUACGUCAUCGAAAUACGCGCUGGCACUGAGGCAGGACUUGGACCAGCGGCUGUUUUAAAUGCUAGAACUUUAAUGGAAGGUGAGCGACGACACAUUCACUCAUUGGUGAGCGGAUUUCCCAACAGGCUAUUAAUAGCCCAAUUGAUAGGGGACCCGACGUAUACCUACAGUACGAUUUAACGUUCUUAUUCGAAAAGACGCAAAGUCUUUACAUUUACUGAUAUCAAUGUAAAUUAAAAUAGCACUUUCUCCUCAGUUAUUUUAAGACCUUGAGUAGAGGUGGGUUGAAAGGCAAGCGUGGCGACCACGACACGACAUUUUCUGGUUCUGAUAGAGUUGUCUACACACGUAAAAACGCACAAGUUGUUACAGGUCUGCAAACAAGUUGUUACAAAUCUGUUCACAAGCUGUCGACAAGUUGUGUUCGCACUGCUUGUUCCCAGUUGUUGUAACAAGUUUGGAACAAGCUGUUAACAACUUGUAACAAGCUUGAUGGCAUUAUCAGUCUUGUUACAAGAUUGUUCUAACAAGUUUGUUACAGCCAUGAUAUAACAAGAAUACUACAAGUUUGACGACACAAGGUUGUAACAAUAUUGUUAUAUCAUGACUAAUGAGACUUGUUAGAACAACCUUGUAAAAAGCCUGAUAAUAUCAACAAGGUUGUUUCAAAUUGUUAACAACUUGUUCCAAACUUGUUGACAACUUGUGACAGGCAGUGCGAACACAACUUGUUGACGGCUUGUUGACAGACUUGUUACAAGAUGUGAGAUUUUUGCGUGUGUAGGUGUUAUCAUAAACAAAGUUGGUUUUAAAAGUUUUUUCUUUAUUUUGCUAAAGCGCCGUCUGGACCGCCGACAUUUGUACAAGUGAAAAAUGUCACUGGGACAACAUUUCAAGUCGCGUGGUCACCGCCGGCCAGGGAGAAACAAAAUGGCGUCAUUAUUUCAUACUUUCUUUGCAUCCGAGCUUUCGGCGUGUUAUACGCGUGUAACGACACGAGAAUCAUGCCUGGUACCCAGUCCCAACAGUUGUUUACCGAACUCCAACCCGACCGAGAGUAUUUGGUGGAAAUUAAAGCCGCGACUAAGAUAGGGUAUGGUCCGUCUACAUUUGUGCAGAAGAUGGCGGGUAAGUACUGCUGACUAAGAAGAAUGAUGAAAUUCUUAUCAUUUACUACAAGAUGUAAUAAAUGUAUAUAAAUUUCCACUCAAUAAUUCCCAUCUACAACACUCUUCACACAACGUGCACUAAACCCACACAGACCAUAGGUCUCCCGAAAAGGUAGUGUUGCACCAUUAUGCAUAUCAGAGAGUUUACGAUUUAUGACGUGGCAAAUCAAUGACAGCCCUUCAAAAUAAAGGGUUAAAGCUUUCUUUACUCAGCUCAUAGUGGCAAACUCAUUAAAAAGGAAAACUAAACGUGAUGUGUUGAAUUUUUUUAUCUUCAGGAAAGUGUGACAAUGCUCUCCUGAACAACCGAAACAAGAUCGAAAAUUUUCAAUUUUCGGCCAGUGGCCAUGUUAGUGAUGGCCACGAAGCAUUCCAGGCGCGUUUCUCCAACCUUCAAAUAUGGUGUGAAGAUGGGGCAAAGAAGGAUGCAUUCAUACAAGUGGAUAUUGGAGGACUUAUAAGGAUAAUCGCUGUAGCCACACGAGGGGAUAUAAGCCACUUCGAUGCUAGGGUGACGUCAUAUAAGGUUCUGUAUAGCACGAAUGGCGCCAGCUGGACUACAGUCACUGUAAGCGGUAAGGAGGUAAGGUAAACCUCAACGAAACUACCAUUAUUUAUACUUGAUUUUUCUAUCAUUUCCAAUCUUACAGGUUCAGUGGUCCAGUUCGGUUCUUAGUAGUUCUCGUAUUAGUUCAGUGCUACUACAGAUGGUAUCAGUGGCGUAGCUAGUCCGACGACUUGGUCCCGCUAAGCAAAUUUUAACUCAUUAUCAUUAUUCAUUUCCUUAGAAAAUGAUUUUGUCGAUAGUUUAUAAACAUGGCAAUAUUUGCGUAGCGGGACUGAGUUGUCGGGUUGGUUACGCCACUGGAUGGUGUCGGAGAGAUUUUGCAGACGGAAAUUCCGAGCGGAAAUUGUCUACAUUUCAAGAGCCCGUUCGACCUUGUGACAACCUUGAAUCUUUUGUUUAGAAAAUCCAAGGCAACACUGGAGGAGAAAUUGUCAAGCACUACCUGGAUGAACCUGUUUUAACUCGUUAUAUCCGGUUUGAAGUUGUCACUUUUUUUGGACCUCACCAGUGCAUGAGAGUUGAGAUAUAUGGCUGUGCACCAGGUCUGGACCUCAUUUAUUUUACUAUGUCUGUAUUAGGAAAAUGUUCGUAUUAGAGAGCGGUGCAUAUUAGAGAGGUGUCUGUAUUGGAGAGGUGUUCAUGUUACAGAGGUGUCCAUAUUUAAGAGGUGUUUGUAUUAGACAGGUGGUCGUAUCAGAGGGGUGUCCGUAUUACAUAGGUGGUCGUAUUAGAGAGAUGUUCGUAUUAGAGAGCUAUCCGUGUUAGAGAGGUGUCUGUAUUAGACAGGAGUCCAUAUUGGAGAGAUGUAUAUAUUAGAGAGGUUUCUGUGUUAGAAAGUCGGCCAUAUUAGAAAUGCGUCAGUACUGGAAAGGAGUGUUUGUAUUAGAGAGGUGUCGCAUUAAAAGAGGGAUAACAGUAUUAGCAGUGUGUAAGGAGAGAUUAUCUCUCUCUAUAAACCCAAUUUAUUGAUAAUUAUUACUUAUCAUUGCUUUUAUCCAGCUGUCAGUCCCGACUCAGUAUCUAUCAUAUCAUCGAAUGCCACGUCAUUGGUGGUUGCCUGGAAACCCUCCACGAUAGCUGACAAGAACGGUGAUAUACAAGGUUACGUCAUAUGUCCAAAGGAAACUUCAUUGAUCACGUGUCAGAACAACAAGACGUAUGCAGAGGAUGACGAGAGAACAAAGUGGAUCGAGGGUCUAAAGCCGUAUACUGAAUACGUGAUUGAGAUUGCGUCUUAUAAUGUUGCUGGGGAAGGCUCUCCUAUUUCUGUUGUGCAUCGGACAGAGCAAGCGGGUUGGUUGCUUUAAUAUAUUCGUUGGUAUCUUUAUUUUAUGAUUUCUUCUUUCACUCAAACAUUCAUUAGAAAGUAUGAUUCAUUCUUUCCUUCUUCCAUCGAAACAAAGACUUUCUAAGGGCGUCUCUGGCAGGUACCUAAUGAUACAUAUCUGAUCACGGAGCAAAGCUACGCGGGAAGGGUCAUUUUGGGGCUUAUCCCAACCCACCCAGUCAACAUUCCCUGUGGGAGUAACCAAAGUUCACGGAGAAAACUCACGACUUUCGGUAGAGCGUUGACUGACUCUUUUCACAUAGGUAUCGCGAGUUCGACGCGAGAAUCGAGGUGAAAGGUGACCUCAGAGGUGAAAGGCGCUUUCUCCUUCCUUCCUCACUCCCUGUCUCUUUCUGCCCUCUCUCUUCUCCAUUUCUUUCCAUCCAUUCCUGCGUCUCCUUUUGUUUUCAUCUCUUUCCAUUACAUACAUACAUACAUACAUACAUACAUACAUACAUACAUACAUACAUACAUACAUACAUACAUACAUACAUACAUACAUACAUACAUACAUACAUACAUACUUUAUUGUGUUCCUCAAAGAGGCUUUUCAACACUAAUUUACAUGGAAUGGUGAUUAAAAAACAAGGUUAACAUUACAUAUUUAAAAAUUUACUACAAAAAAUCUUCUAUUAUUAAAAUAGUCCAUUACUAAGAAUACAGUCUAUCUAACAUGUCUUUCUUUAAUUUAUUCUUAAAACUUCUCAAAGAUGACAUUUGUUUCAUGUUAUCGUCCAGAUCAUUCCAUAGUUUCGCCCCUCUAUAAUGAAAUGUUCUCUGGCCAGUGGUGGUAUUAUAAAUCGGUAUUUGGAGGAGUAAUAAUUCUGUUACCUCCCUAGCACCAUCUUCUGGUCCAGAAACUAUAGACAUUCUGGGCACAACAACAAACUCAAUUCGACUGUACUGGACCAAGGUUCCUGAGAAGUCACGAAAUGGCAUCAUCACCACAUACUCACUGUGUUAUCAAGAAUACGAGCUGGAGCAUUCGUGUUCAAGUUUCCAGAAUAUACCAUCUGGUUCUCGGAAUUUCAUUCUCUCCGAUCUCCAGCCUUUCAAAGAAUAUUUGAUUCUCAUCAGAGCGGCAACAGUGGUAGGAUGGGGACUUCCCACAUCAAUCCGCCAUUGGACACUUUCGGCACGUGAGUAUUACAAUCUUUUUUUCAGAUUGUUUUUGGAACAAUGCAUUAGUAAAGUUGGUCCUUUCUGCUUUGAGUUAUCGGAAGUUUAGACCUAGUGGAACCAUGCAUUCACUAUAAGUAAGACAAGUAAUGUAAUUUAGUGUAAUCAAUAAGCGAUAAACUUUACUGGACCUCUAGUAAGAACAUUUAAACUCAAAUAUAUACUAAGUUAGUUUAGUCUAGAUGUUGUCCUGUAGAGUUCAUUCAAGGGUUAAUUGAACAAAUAGAAAAUCGAUCUCUAGGAGACAACACAACGUUAAAUAGAGCUAUCCAGUAUAAAAUAUAUGCCACCAUCAUCAACUCGUGUGUUUCUCUCAUUUAGCUCCGUCUGGAGGUCCUACAACAGUUUUCAUAAAGAGACUGGGUCCGACUGUUUUAGAGAUCACGUGGUCUCCACCGGAAGUGGAAAAAAGGAAUGGUAUUAUCGUAUCAUAUCGUUUGUGUGCCAAAGAAGUCAGCGAUAGUAGCCUAUGUCAUAAUAACGUGGUGGUAGGGGGGACAGAACGUCGUUUACCUAUAGCUGGAUUAAAGCCUUAUACCUGGUAUGCUGUCAGUGUUGAGGCGGGUACUUCCGGGGGAUAUGGUCCGCAGACUGAGUUUCAUCAUAGAACAGGGGAGUGGGGUAAGUAUAGUGUUGCUCAGUUAUGAUGGGGAAGAGGGUGGGGGAAUAAACGCUGAUUGGCAAAAGUUGGACUGAAACCAUAUAUCAGGUCUCAUAUAGCAAAAAAUAUAUUUUUCUUUUUGGCAGCAAAAUGCAAAAAUAACAAUUUCCUGAUGUGUAAGUCAAAUAUAAAACUUAUUGCAUAUGUGGAUUUCAGAGAACGUAUAGUGUCACACAUUGAGGUAAACCUCAAUCUUGGCACAAGACAAUCUCGACUUGCAGACGUAACGCUUUUGGAAUAUUUUAAAGCAAUAAGUAAACUGCAUUCCAGUAUAUAAGAUGACAAAAAAUUGGAACUAAUAGAGCUAUCCAGUAUGAACAAUGGUAAUUUAGUUUAGGUUUUUCCUGUAGUAAAACUGAACGGAAAGUAGUUCAGACCUGAUAGAGCUAUCUUGUGUGAUCAACAACGGUAGUUUAGUUUACGUUUCCUCCGUAUAGUAACACUGAACCUAUAAGUAUAAUAGGAUAGCGCUUACUCGAUAUCUAUGAAGAACAGAGCUAUCCAGUAUAAACAAAACUACUUUAGUUUAGCCUUGUUUUUCAUUUCUUUCAGUACCAUCAGGCACUCCAGCUGAAAUUUCCGUUCCCACAUUCAACGAGACUUCUGUAACUGUGGCAUGGAAAAGCCCUGACGAAAACGAGAUAAACGGAAUACUAAAAUCAUAUAAAAUCGAGAUUUACGAGCAACUAGAUAGCGGUUAUCUUAAAAUGGUUUCAAGUAAAAUGGUAGCUAGUGCAAUAUUGACUUGGACGUUUGGUAGCUUAAAAGAAAAGACGGAAUAUAUUAUUGAAAUAAAAGCUGGGACCGUUGUUGGUUUCGGCCCGCCAAGUGUUGUACAUCAGAAGACCUCUGGGGAAGGUGAGGGAUAGUUAGGUUCGCCAUCCUGUUUUAAACGUUCCCUGUGGGAGGAAAGCGGACUACCGGAGUUCGAAUUCCCGAACCUUUAUAGUUUUAAAUAUUUUUAUUUGAUUCUUUUUUAGCGGAUGUGACAUACGUAAAGAAGUCGAACAAAAUCUGUAAGUGUACAAAAUAAAAAACUGAGAAUAUAUAGAAACAGCAGUGAGGCUUCGAACCCGUGGCCCUGCAAUUCCGGUGCAACGCUCUAACCAACUGAGCUAUAGAUGCCAGUUGUCGAGCUUUAAAUUAAUGUUUUAAAUUUAUACUCAAGAUUUCCAUCUACAAAAUCCUUGAAUAAAAAACUAUGGUGCUACAUAUAUUGGUGCUGAAGUUUCAUCUGUGUUACCAUGUGUAACUACAACCGUUUUCAGUAUAUAUAACCACGCUCCAGUAUGCAUUUGAUGAGAGGAGAACAUACAGCUAAAAUUUCGUGUUUGUUUUGAUUCAAACACCUUAAAGAAAAACAUUAGCUAUAGUAUGUAUAUUUAUACCGUUGUGUAAACGUACUCGUGAGCAUGGUCAUAUAUAGCUACGAUCUCUGAUUAAAGUUUGUACUUCUAAAAAGAUUCUUUGCCAACUCUUAGAUCUCGCUCUGGCUAAAGCAGGAAUUGCAGCUGGAAGCCUGAGUUUUUUGGCAAUAAUUGGAUUUGUUGUCUUCAUUUCAUUGUUGGUCACUGGCUAUGUGCCUUAUACGAGGUAAACUGCUCUCUGUUGUCUUAACUGUAACACACGCAUAAAAACCUCACAUGGCUAAUUGAAAACAAGAUGUCUUUGCGUGCUUGUUCCCAAUUGUGGACAAGUUUUCAAAAUGUUUUCAAAAUUUCAAAAUCAUCUUUCAAAGUCAUUUUUGACUAUACAUUUUAAAGAUACAAAGUCAUAUAUGACCGAUACGCUUUUUUUCUAGUCUUUCGUUCAUGAAUCUUUUAAUCUUUGUUUUUUUGGGGGGUUUUUUGCAGUCCUUGGAGGAAGCGUCGACGUGAUUUAUGGCGCCAAAGAGUAAGGAAACAACAGGAAGAGAGAGAAAAGUGUUCAAGGUGUUGUUUUAUUUCUGCAUUCAGGGUUCUACAAUCUAGAGUAAAUCUAAGUAUAGUCAGACGUCAGAGCAUGCGUCUUUCGCCUCUGAGAUCGUGGGUCCGAUUCUCGCUUCGGAGUCAAGUGAAAAGAGUCAGUCGACACUCUGCCGAAAGUUGUAGGUUUUCUCCGGGUGCUCUGGUUUUCUCUCACAGGGAAAGUUGACAGGGUGGGUUAGGAUAUAAACACAGUUAAGAAAGUAAUAUCACAAUUGUUGUAAAGAUAAAUAGUCUAGGCUAAGUAUGUAAUUAGGUAAGCGUAAUACUUGAUGUAAAGCGCAUUUGAUCAUAUCCAGUCUUCUUAUGUCCAUUCCUAGUGAUUCAGAAGAAUCGGAUUUUAACUCAAGUAAUUCUAGUCGCGGAAGUGGAACAAGUGAUGACGAUUCUGGUAUUGAAAUAGAAACUAUAAACUAACUUUAUAUUAUAUUGAAUAUACAUACUUUCAGUAUAACUUUUUUUCCUUAGAGGCCCAGUUUUUAGUUUUAGUACGGUCCAAUAUGCUAUUCACAUGACUGAGGAUUUGAGGAAACUUGUAAACUAAGCUAACUUUAGUUUUUGGUCAGUUUCAAACUUUUCUCUCUGGAGAUUCUGUAAGGUCAUCUCAUAUUGGUCCAGUGCUACUACAGGAGGAAAUCUAAGCAACUAAAGUUGCUGUAUUUAUAUUCUAUGCCUUUAUCAAUUCUUUGUAGGUUUGCAUGGCGAUAAAUUCAUAGCCAUAGGGCCUUCCAUCUACAAAUUAUUUUAUUUGUAUAUUGGAUAUUGCAUGCCUUUACAGUCCUAAAUUGUUCUCGAAUGUUUGUUUCGAAUCAUUAUUCUGCGUUUAAAAUUCUAUAAUAUUUUGCAGAUGGCAGUAAGACUAAAACGUCAUCGCGAAAGAAAAAGAAAAAACAAAAAUCAUCAAAAAAGAACAAAACGUCUAAGGGCAAAAAUAAGACAAAACGGAUUUCGUAUGACGAAAGCUUCUCGGAAUCCAUGGAUGAUCCCCACGAUCUAUCAGUAUCCCUACCCAACCCCGAACCGGAAGAAAUUUAUGGCCAAGCAUUACUCAACGCUUAUGUGAAAAGUGUGAUGGAUAUGUGUUCUAUUUAUGGUGGAAGCAUCUACGGCACUCGGCCAGAGAACAUAUAUGGUAACAUUCUCCGACCGGAGAACAUAUACGGUAACCCAUCCGUGGGUAACAUUGCCCAACCGGAGAAUAUAUACGAGUGUAACAAUCUCCGACCGGACCAAUCUGUGGGUAACAUUCUCCUACCGGAAAACAUAUAUGGCAACCCAUCCGUGCGUAACAUUGGCCAACUGGAGAAUGUAUACGGGGGUAACAAUCUCCCACCGGAGAACAUAUAUGGUAACCCAUCGGUGGGUGAUAUGAUCCCAUCGGAAAACAUAUAUGGUAGCCGGUCCAUGGGUAACAUUCUCCGACCGGAGAACAUGUACGGUGUGAUGCAAGAGGAAAUCUAUGGACCAGCUGUAAAUACCCUAAGUGUACAUAACUAUCCCGGUGGUGUGAUCUCAGAGAAUCUAUAUGGCACACAUUAUUGA